GGGCCAGAUUUGGCCGCUGAGAGACUCUGAGAAUUUUGGACGCUGACAGGAUCCGGUUCCACAAUGUGCCACUGUGGCAGCGAAUCGGAGAGAUACGGGUCUCCCGUUCCCGUCUAGCAGUAGUUCGCACUGGAACGCCAUCCUCCUUCCGGCUUUGAAUUUCUCUGGGAACAGCGUUGAACCCUUAAGCACUGUAGAAUACAUGUCGCCGAAACCUGAGUCUGCUUCAAAGUCAAACCCCUACUUCAAACCCGGCUCCACCGUCGAGGUAAGCUCUGACGAUGAAGGAUUUCGCGGAUCUUGGUUCGUUGGCACCAUUAUACGCCGCUGCACUUCCAAGAAAAACCAGAACAAAUUCUUGGUGGAGUACAAGACCAUCGUGGCCGACGAAAAGGGCUCCAAACCCCUGAGAGAGAUGCUGGAGCUUCACCAACUUCGACCCCCUGCCCCAAGGGAGACUGACCGUGAAUUCAAGUUCGGCGAGGAGGUCGAUGCAUACCACAAUGAUGGCUGGUGGGAAGGCUCCAUAACCGAAGAAUUGGGAAACGGCAGGUUCGCGGUGUACUUCAGGGCCUCAAAGGAGCAGAUUGAUUUCCGGAAGGAGGACCUUAGGCUUCAUCGCGAGUGGGUCAAUGGGAAUUGGGUCCCUCCGUUGGAAGAGCCGUCGGAGGAAAAGAAAAUUUUACCAAACGAUGUGAAGGCUGGUGAAGAAACAAUGACGGACAUGUUUUGCAAGGGGACACUAGUUGAGGUUAGCAGUGACGAGGAAGGUUUUGAAGGAGCUUGGUUUGCUGCUACUGUUGUUAAACCAAAGGGAAAAGAUAAGUUUCUUGUUGAGUACCUGAACCUACGGACUGAUGAUGAUUCGGAGUUUUUGAAAGAGGAAAUUGAUAUCUUACAUAUUCGGCCUUAUCCACCAGAACAUAUUUGUGGUCAGUUUAAUUUUCUUCAGGAAGUUGAUGCUUUGUACAAUGACGGAUGGUGGGUUGGAGUGAUUUCUAAAGUGCUCGGCAACUCAAGGUAUGUAGUAUACUUCAGGAACACUAAUGAAGAAUUAGAGUUUCCGCACUCCGAGUUAAGGCUACAUCAGGACUGGAUCAGUGGAAAAUGGGUCAUUGCUUCGCAGGCAUUGAAGUUGUAGGCACUGUAGAAAGGAGAGCUGUGGAAAGAAGCUAAGCGUUAAGGUUUGGUGAUUAGACAAGUUCCCGCUAACUGCAGUGAUGAGGAUAAAGUUUCACUUGCACAUAUUUCUAGUGUAGAAUCUCAAGACACAGAAAACUUGUUGCUUUGGUUCCGGCCUGUCAUGUUCAUAGGAAUGACAAUUAAAAAUUGUGCAGAAAAUGCCUUUGUGUAAAUCAUAUAUAUUAUAAGAUUAAGAGUUAUUUUUACUCCUCAAUUUUACUUAAAAAAGUUAUUAGGGAUUCUAAAUUUAAUUAUGAGUUAAUUUUGUCUUUCAAUUUUAAA